CUUAAACCACACAAACAAAUCAAUCAGGAAAAUAUAAAGAAAAUAGGUUAUAUAUCAAUACAAGAAGCAAUGGUAAGCAGUACCAUGAGGUGUUUAUGGGGAUUGGUUCUUCUCUUGGGGAUAGCGGGCAUUAGGGGCCAAGAUGUUGGUUCCCUACUCAGCAAGGAUAUGUUUGAAGAUAUGUUGAAGCAUCGUAAUGAUGCUAAUUGUCCGGCCAAUGGCUUCUAUACUUAUGAAGCUUUUAUAGAUGCCACAAAGGCCUACGGUGCUUUUGGAACCACUGGUGAUCAAGACACUCGAAAGAGAGAGAUCGCAGCCUUCCUUGCUCAGACCUCCCACGAGACCACAGGUGGAUGGGCGAGUGCACCGGAUGGACCAUAUGCAUGGGGAUACUGCUACAAAGAGGAACAAAACCCUCCUAAUGAUUACUGCUCCCCGAGUCAAGAAUGGCCUUGCGCUCCGAAUAAGAAAUAUUUCGGCCGUGGUCCUAUUCAGAUCUCCUUCAACUACAACUAUGGACCCGCGGGAAGAGCUAUAGGGUCUGAUCUGCUCGGUAACCCGGAUCUGGUGGCAAGUGACGCUGUCAUUUCAUUCAAGACUGCACUAUGGUUCUGGAUGACCCCACAGUCUCCGAAACCGUCAAGCCACGAUGUUAUCACUGGAGCAUGGACACCAUCAGCAGACGACUCAGCAGCUGGUAGAGUUCCUGGGUAUGGAAUGGUAACAAACAUCAUUAAUGGUGGAAUCGAAUGCGGUAAGGGAUCUAACGCACAGGUGGAGGACAGGAUUGGCUUCUUUAGGAGAUACUGCACCAUUCUUGGAGUUAGCCCUGGUGACAACUUGGACUGCUACAACCAGAGGCCUUAUGCAUGAUUGAUUUACUGUAUACUGAAUGUAUGGAAAUAAGUUGAGGCAAUAGAAUAAAUUUCACAUGUACUACUGUGUUUCUACUGUAAGCCAAUAAGAUCAUGUAUCCUUGAUCAAUGUACGAGCAAAUUUUAUCCAGAUGAAUAAAAUAAGUUUCAACUAUGA